AUGGCAUAUGUCAUCACACUUGAAGACACACUGGAACCUGAGGAGCUACAGAUAACAAAAUGGAGGUUCAUCAGUGUGGCAUUCCAGCCGAUCUCUCAUGAAAUCCGAUUACGAAACGCCAAAGUGGAGUUUGGUGACUUAGUGCUGUCAGACACAUGGCCCGAUGAAGACGAGGAAGAUGAAGGCACUGACAUCGGGCGCAUACCAAGUGACUGGGAAACGGCCAACCAACUCAUACACGAGUCUUUUGAGCAGAGCAGAGCCAUAACUGAAAUCUCACCGUCAGCUCGAGCUGUGAUGGAAAGAGAAGGAGCCUUGUGCAAUAUCGACACCGGUGACCCGUCAGAGAUGCCCGUCCACGAUAUUCUCUAUUGCAACCAGAGGAACUUACCCGCUGAAUGGGGAACCCUAAUCAUGAACAUGCACUGGAGAUCCUUUCGCCAAAGCAUGAUUUGGCAUGUGUUUUUACAUCUCCACAGCAAGGGCUUGGUGGAUGAAAACUCACUCAUUCUCCCAGUCAACGUACUUCAGCUGAGCACUAACGCCAUGGAGAUUUUAUGCCUUCUUGGUUGCUUUCAAUUCAUAAGAACCCAAUCUCACGAGGCUUUCUUUGGAAAGAUUCCUGGACAGGGCGUCGAAUGGUUAACUGACAUUGGAUGGUUGGCAACCAUGAUUUUGCGCAGCCGGGCGGAAGGAAAAACCCUUGGGACAAUCGUCGAAGCAAUAAAGGAAUGUGGAAUGCUGGGGAAAUUGGAUAAAGAAUCACUCAACACGAUUAAGCGCUUCUAUCCCUACCCAAGUCUACAGCGUUUAUUCGAUAGCAGAGACGGAGAAUUGUCCGUGUCUUCCGCCGGUGAAGUGGUCCCAGUCAAUACUGUUUUCGCUUUCUGGUUGCCUCAUGGUCUGACAAACAACCGCGAAGUCUUUGCAAAGGGUCUCAAUGAUGCAUUGGCACGAGCUAAGGCGAUUGAGGAGGCCUUCGUCCAGUACCAGAACUUACCUGCCGGGGCUCUUGUUUUGAACUUCCCGACGCUCCAAAUCAAUGAUGGCGAUGAUACAAGUAUCGAUUCUGACCAGGCAUAA